CACUUCCGGCGCGUCGGAGCUGUUGGUCGGGUGGCCGCGCGGCGCGGGCGGGCGGGCGGGCAAAGGGAGCAGCGGGCGGCUCCGGGGCGGGCGGGCGCGCGCAGGGAUGCUGCGGGGGGCGGCGGGGCCGCCGGUGAGGGCUGAGGCGGCGAGGACAGCGCGGGGCCCCGGGGCUCUCCCGUGAGCCGGCCGCACGGCCGCGCCUCCCAGGCCCCUUCCUCUCGGCGCCCGCGCUCUCGGUGCCGGUCGCCGCCGCCGCGGGCGGACGCGGGAGGCCGGGGAGCCCCUGCCUGGGCCCGGGGCCGCUCCUUCGGGGGUCGGGCCCGGGCGGGGGACCCCGAGCCGCUGCUCUGCGCGCCCCGUUUCCUGCUUUUUUUUUUUUUUUCUCUCUCUUUUUCUUUUUUCUUUUUCCUCUUUGAUUUUCCCCCGGGGUGCGCCGGGUGGUCUGGAUGCUCGGCCCCCGGGGGCCCCCGAUGAGGCGGGCGGGGGGCUGGCCGGGCCCGCGGGGACCAUGACCUAAGGGAGCCGAGCGAGCGAGACGUGAGCGCAGCCGGAGCCGCCCACCCCCGGCCAGCAUGGCAUCUGAAGAAGCCUCCCUCAGGGCACUGGAAAGUCUGAUGACAGAGUUUUUCCACGAUUGUACAACCAAUGAAAGAAAACGAGAGAUAGAGGAACUUCUUAAUAACUUUGCCCAGCAAAUAGGAGCCUGGAGGUUUUGCCUGUAUUUUCUCUCCAGCACAAGGAACGACUAUGUGAUGAUGUACAGUUUAACGGUUUUUGAGAAUCUGAUCAAUAAAAUGUGGCUUGGGGUCCCAUCUCAGGACAAGAUGGAAAUCCGAGGCUGCCUGCCUAAGCUCCUGCUAGCUCACCACAAGACCUUCCCUUACUUUAUCCGGAACAAGCUCUGCAAAGUCAUCGUUGACAUUGGCCGUCAGGAUUGGCCUAUGUUCUACCAUGACUUUUUUACUAACAUUUUGCAGUUGAUCCAGUCCCCUGGGACCACCCCCCUCGGGCUGAUCAUGCUGAAGACAACUUCAGAAGAGCUGGCUUGUCCCCGCGAGGACCUCAGUGUAGCACGGAAGGAGGAGCUGCGGAAGCUGCUGCUGGAGCAGGUGCAGACGGUGCUCGGGCUGCUGACAGGUAUCUUGGAGACCGUCUGGGACAAGCACAGCGUCACUGCUGCCACGCCGCCACCGUCCCCAACCUCAGGAGAAAGUGGUGACUUACUGAGUAACCUGUUGCAGAGUCCUAGUUCAGCCAAACUUUUAAACCAGCCAAUCCCCAUCCUUGACGUGGAGAGUGAGUAUAUCUGCUCCCUGGCCUUGGAGUGCCUGGCUCAUCUUUUCAGUUGGAUCCCUCUGUCUGCCAGCAUCACCCCGUCCCUCCUCACCACCAUCUUCCACUUUGCACGCUUCGGCUGUGACAUCCGGGCCCGAAAGAUGGCCUCAGUGAACGGCAGCAGUCCGAACUGUGUUUUGGGCCAGGAACGUGGCCGGCUCGGUGUCCUGGCCAUGUCCUGCAUCAAUGAACUCAUGUCCAAGAACUGUGUGCCUAUGGAGUUUGAGGAGUAUUUGCUGCGGAUGUUCCAGCAGACUUUCUACCUCCUGCAGAAAAUCACCAAGGAUAACAAUGCCCACACCGUGAAGAGCAGGCUAGAAGAACUCGAUGAGAGCUACAUCGAGAAGUUUACUGACUUCCUCCGGCUCUUUGUGAGUGUUCACCUGAGAAGAAUCGAGUCCUACUCUCAGUUCCCUGUGGUGGAGUUUUUGACACUUUUGUUCAAGUACACAUUUCAUCAGCCGACUCAUGAAGGCUACUUCUCCUGUUUGGAUAUCUGGACACUCUUUUUGGAUUAUUUAACAAGUAAAAUUAAAAGCCGUCUGGGAGACAAGGAAGCAGUUCUCAGCAGGUACGAAGAUGCCCUGGUCCUCUUGCUCACAGAAGUGCUGAAUCGAAUCCAGUUCAGAUACAACCAGGCCCAGUUGGAGGAGCUGGACGACGAGACUCUGGAUGAUGACCAGCAGACAGAGUGGCAGCGGUACUUACGCCAGAGCUUGGAGGUGGUGGCCAAAGUGAUGGAGCUCCUUCCCACGCACGCCUUCUCAACACUGUUCCCAGUUCUCCAGGACAAUUUAGAAGUCUAUCUGGGGUUACAACAGUUUAUAGUUACUUCAGGGUCAGGACACAGGCUGAACAUCACGGCGGAGAAUGACUGCCGGAGGUUGCACUGUUCCCUGAGAGACCUGAGUUCCCUGCUGCAGGCUGCAGGCCGCCUGGCUGAGUACUUCAUCGGGGAUGUGUUCGCCUCCCGCUUCAAUGACGCCCUCACUGUCGUGGAGAGGUUGGUCAAAGUCACGCUGUACGGAUCCCAGAUAAAGUUGUACAACAUUGAAACUGCGGUGCCGUCGGUGCUGAAGCCGGACCUCAUUGAUGUGCAUGCGCAGUCCCUGGCUGCUCUGCAGGCUUACUCUCACUGGCUCGCACAGUACUGCAGCGAAGCUCACCGGCAGAACACGCAGCAGUUUGUCACGCUCAUCUCCACUACCAUGGACGCAGUCACGCCUCUAAUCAGCACCAAGGUCCAGGACAAGCUGCUGCUCUCCGCCUGCCACUUGCUGGUCUCACUGGCCACCACCGUGCGCCCCGUCUUUCUAAUCAGCAUCCCUGCUGUGCAGAAAGUGUUCAACAGAAUCACUGACACCUCUGCUCAGCGGCUUGUGGAUAAGGCUCAGGUGCUGGUGUGCCGAGCCCUCUCUAAUAUCCUGCUGCUCCCGUGGCCAAACCUCCCGGAGAGUGAGCAGCAGUGGCCUGUGCGCUCCAUCAACCACGCCAGCCUCAUCUCCGCACUUUCCCGGGACUACCGCAACCUGAAGCCUGACGCUGUCACCCCACAGAGGAAGAUGGCUCUGGAUGACACUAAAGUGAUCAUCCACCAGACACUUAGUGUCUUGGAAGACAUCGUGGAGAACAUCUCUGGGGAGUCCACUAAGUCCCGCCAGAUCUGCUACCAGUCACUGCAGGAGUCCGUGCAGGUUUCCCUGGCCCUCUUCCCAACCUUUAUCCACCAGUCAGACGUGACUGAUGAGAUGCUGAGCUUCUUCCUCACUCUGUUUCGAGGCCUUAGAGUCCAGAUGGGUGUGCCUUUCACUGAACAGAUCAUCCAGACUUUCCUCAAUAUGUUUACCAGAGAGCAGCUGGCUGAGAGCAUCCUGCAUGAGGGCAGCACUGGCUGCCGGGUUGUGGAGAAGUUCCUCAAGAUCCUGCAGGUGGUGGUCCAGGAGCCGGGCCAGGUGUUCAAGCCCCUCCUCCCCAGCAUCAUCUCCCUGUGCAUGGAGCAGGUGUACCCCAUCAUUGCCGAGCGGCCCUCCCCUGACGUGAAGGCUGAGCUGUUUGAGCUCCUGUUCCGGACGCUCCAUCAUAACUGGAGGUACUUCUUCAAGUCCAGCGUCCUGGCCAGUGUCCAGAGGGGUGUGGCCGAGGAGCAGAUGGAGAACGAGCCGCAGUUCAGUGCCAUCAUGCAGGCAUUUGGACAGUCCUUUCUCCAGCCUGACAUCCACCUAUUUAAACAAAAUCUCUUCUACUUGGAGACUCUGAACACCAAGCAGAAGCUGUACCACAAGAAGAUCUUCCGUAGCGCCAUGCUGUUCCAGUUCGUCAACGUGCUGCUGCAGGUGCUGGUGCACAAGUCCCACGACCUGCUGCAGGAGGAGAUCGGCAUCGCCGUCUACAACAUGGCCUCGGUGGACUUCGACGGCUUCUUUGCCGCCUUCCUGCCCGAAUUCCUGACCAGCUGCGAUGGCGUGGAUGCCAACCAGAAGAACGUGCUGGGGAGGAAUUUCAAGAUGGAUCGGGACCUGCCCUCCUUCACCCAGAACGUGCACAGGCUGGUCAACGACCUGCGCUACUACAGGCUCUGCAACGACAGCCUGCCGCCCGGCACCGUCAAGCUCUAGGCCGCUCCCCUGUGCACCGCAAGCCUCGCCUCCGCCACGGACGCCUCCCGCCAAGCCGGCCUCUCCCAGGAUCCUUGCCCGCUGCCCCCCAGCAGCUCGGGGUGGGGGCCGAGCGCCGGAAGCCGGCGAGGACGGUCCCCGCAGACACAGCGGGUGUCAGCCACGAGGCAGAAACGCCAAGGACAGCUUGUGACAGUGCCACCUUCUCACCAUUCCACCCCCUCCUGCGGGAGCCGCGGCCCAGUACCGGCCGCCUCUGGGCCCCUGUACCCACUCGCCUCAGAGCAGAGGCUCCGCCAGGGACCUGUGGGCCUCGGCGGCUCUUGUUCUUUUUUUUCUCAUCAUUCCAUUGUGAUACUAAGAGACUUCAGAAGCUUAAUGAAAAAUAAACGCUUAUGUUGUUGUUAUAGAAAA